AAAUAGAACCGUUAGGAAAAGCUCCCAGCAACGGCUAGUUUUCUCAUUUUCUUUUUAUUUUCCUUUUCAGUUAAACUCUCGCACGAUAUAGGAACAGAACAGGACGAGCGGCUACCAUUUAUUGCCUGGUAGGAUUAAUUAGACUAGUAUAAACAAAUCGAGAAGAAUCACAAUUUUAUUGAUUCCCAAUUUUAUUUUGACAAUCAAAUGAAUGAGCCGAUGGUGGAAGCUGUAGCAUCGAUGCAAGACCAGAGUACAAAUCCCCAUCUUCCUCCUCCUCCACCUCCUCCUACUCAGCGGCGGCCAAGGGUGAGGGAGGUGAGCUCUAGAUUCAUGUCUCCAGUAGCAGCGUCUCCUUCGUCCUCCCCUGUUCCCAAUAACAAGCAGCAGCGAUCCAGCUCUGUGCAGAAGCAGCGACAAAUGGAGCCUCUCUCCUGUGCCGACGAGAACAAACUCACCGCUACUGAUUUCACUCGCAGCCCGCCACAACGGAAGCUUCAGCAACGCGCUGUGAUGAAACUUUUCAAGGAGAACGGAGGAGGCAGACAGGAACAGGCAACAUCAAGAUCUCACAGGCCUGACACCCCGAUAGUCACUAUAUCCUCCUCUAAACUACGACUGAUGCAGCACCAUUCUACACCCAUCAUUUCAGCUGCUGCAAAGCUCUUGCAAACUUCUGGAAUGUCACCAUCUCAUUCGGAAAAUUUGAGUGAAUUAUCAACAUCGCGAUCCACUUGUGAUGGCCAUGACAAUAGUAAUAAUCAUAACAUCCAAGGGAACCACUUAACAAUUCCUGAUAUCCGCUCUUCCAUGCCUGAGGCCACCGUCUCAAGUAGAUAUUUGGCAGAUAGAAAUAUCAAUAGGCUCAACGGGAGUGCUGUUGAUUCUUCUAAAUUCUCUGCUUCCCCCUGCUUCCGGUCCCUUGAUUUGCCACGAUCUUCUCCAUCUGAAUAUUCUUUGAUCCAUUCCCUGAAAGCUGCUGAAAAAACAGCCAAACAAUAUAGUAAUUCUGUCAAGAUAGGUGGGCCUCCUCUUCCUCCAAAGCUGGUAGCCGAUGUGUCCAGAAAGGGGAGGAAAAUUCCCAGUCAGCAAGAAGAUGUGCAUUCUCUGAGAUUGCUUCACAACCAUUAUUUGCAGUGGCGAUAUGUCAAUGCAAAAGCUGAGGCCUCCGUCAAAGCUCAGAGAAGGGAAACCGAGAGAACACUGUACUCUCUCGGUGUCAAGAUAUCAGAGUUAUGUGACUCGGUGAAAAGGAAACGCAUUGAACUUGGCCUUUUCCAAAACACUAAGGCUCUAUCUACAAUUCUUGAAUCUCAGAUGCCAUAUCUGGAAGACUGGUCUACCCUCGAAGUGGAUUAUUCAGUAUCUCUGCUAGAAGCAAUUCAAGCAUUGUCGAACGCAUCACUUAGACUUCCAAUCUGCGGGAACGUUAGAGCUGAUGUAAGGGAGGUAGGAGAGGCAUUGAACUCUGCAGUGAAGUUGAUGGAUACAAUAGCCCACCAUGUUCAAAGCUUUAUGCCAAAGGCUGAAGAACUGGAAAUUUUGGUUUCAGAACUAACCAGGGUGUCUGGAGGAGAAAGAGCACUUGUUGAAGAAUGUGGGGAGCUAUUGUCUAUGACAUAUAAAUCACAGGUGGAGGAGUGCAGCUUACGUGGUCAACUUAUUCAAUUAAAUCGAACCUGUCGUGGUCAACUCCAUGGAGAUGAGCAAUAAUCCAUUGCUAUCUUUGAUUUGAGCUUACUUGAUGACGGUUUUCUUAUGGGAGAUGAGCUAUAAAUUUUGGUUUCAGCCUGAGGAUUUCUUUUUUCACCUCUACGUCGAUGUCCAUAUCACCGUGGCUUUUUCACUUAUAAAGAACAAAUCAUAAUCAUUGAAAAUCAACCAUUCUUUUUCUUUGGCCAUACUACCCAUUUUUUCACAAUUCAUAGCACAGAUGUAGUAAUAAUAUUUGAGUUGAGAAUGUGUAAUAUUGUAACUCUAAUCAAGUAAGUAGUGGCGCCUGUAUAUAUUUCCAUAUCAAUGAUUCACGGAGGUUUUUGUGUUCUAUUUUAUUUUCUCGUUGAGAAAAGUAAAUAUCUGAAGAAGAGCUAACUUGAAAAUGUAAAUGCAGUCUGCAAAAUCCUUAUCUCAA